AUGGCAGAAAUUACCAAUAGAGAGGAGGAGGUCACAUUUGAUGCGAAGCAGAAACCUGCUGAUUCUUGCUUCCAACCGAAAGAGGGGCGUUCGAACAAAAUUCAGAAGCUCGAAGUGGUUGAGGGUGAAGAAUCCUGUAAUUAUGUGAAGAACAAUGCUGAGAAUGUUUUGGAAGGGAAGGAUGACGAUGGAGUUGAUGGAGCUAGUUUAGACGCGGGAGAUGAGAAGGAGGAUUAUGAGGAUGAAGACGAUAGUGAGGAGGACGAAAAAUCGAGUGGGAAAGUGGCUGCAAAUCGGAAAGGGGAGGGGAUUAUGAAGGAUGAUAAAGGAAAUAGAAAAUUGAUAGAGGAAGAUGACGACGACAAUGAGGAUUCCAGUGAUGAUGGAAGCGACUUGGAUUCGGAAGAGAGCAAUUUGUCGGAUGAUCCACUUGCGGAGAUCGAUUUGGACAACAUCCUUCCUUUAAGGACGAGGAGGCGAACGGUUCACCCUAGAGUUUAUUUCGCUACGGAUCUGGCAAACGACGACGAUAAUAGCAGUGAUAGCGAUGCUUGA